AUGGCGUUUCGAGCAAAUCAAUUACAAAGGAAUAUUUAUCAAACUCAAACCUUUGCAACCCCUCGAAAUUCUAAUAACAAAAAUCUAAAUGAUGACAUUAAACGCUUUGAAUUACAUCCUCACUAUCCAAUUCUAUUGAAAAUACUUGACCUCAGAGAUAAAAUAUACGUUUUUGAUGAUGAAAAUGAAAUUUUAAUAUAUGCUAAAAAUAUAGUCAAUCAAGCCUCCAAUAUAACAUUUGAUUUUGAUGAACAAUUAGAUCUUGAAUUUUUUGCUCUUCUCUCUUCACUCACACAGAAUGUUGCUGAAAUAUGUAAUCAGCAAGUAAAAACUACCAACCAUCUUAUAGAGAUUCACUCCAAAUUAGUGGAACAGACCACUUCAUUAUAUUAUGAGAAUAAAAGUAUUACUCAUGAUAUACUCGCCACUCCAAUAACAAUAAAAACCUUAGAUACGACGAAAAAAACACGCGAUCGAAUUGAUCCCGAAGCCACGCUGUGGCUUAUCAAAUACUUGCUUGAUAACGAUUUUGAAAAGCCGCAUAAAAAGUACAGAUCAUUGCUUUCACAAUGGACUAAUAUUCCUGAAGAAGACAUUGAUGGAUGGUAUAAACGAACAAAUCAUAAUUACCUUAAAGAAAAAGUCGACAAAAAAUCUCGUGAUGGAUUAAUUGAUCGUGCUCUUAAAUAUGGUCGACAAAUAGGAAAAGCUCGAAUAACGAAACUUAACAAUGGUGCUUUUUUAAAUUCUACCGGUGCUGAUAGGGAAGGAAGAAAUAGAGCCAAACGAGCUCGGCUAAAGGCGAAUAAUAGAAUUUCACAUAGUUAA